AGAAAAGACAUCAACUGUACAGAAAGUUCUGGAGGUUGCUGAAUACACUGAGAGUGUGGGUAGAUGAUGAGUAUUUGGCUAGGAAGGAGACGAGGACAGUGAUACAUGACAAGAGGGAAAUAAUCCCGAAAUGUGUAGUUUUAGAGAUUAGGAGGAGGUACCCCAGCCACAAUGGCAUAUACCGUGACUACAGGAGCUGUGACCAGUGAUGGACUAACUCCACUGGGACUGGCAGUCAGUAGGGGGAAGCUGGACACUAUCAAGUACCUCAUCACAGAGUGCAAUGUUGAUGUCAAUGGAGCUGUGACCAGGGAUGGACUAACUCCACUGGGACUGGCAGUCAGAGAGGGGCACCUGCACAUCAUAAAGUUUCUCAUCAUGAAAUGCAAUGUGGCUGUCAAUGAUGUUCUUCUACUUGCCUGCCAGUAUGGGGUUACCAAAAUCGUGGAAUAUCUUUUGAAUGACGUUGUUGGUUGUGAUCCCAAUAUCAAAGAUGACGAUGGACACACACCACUCUUUCUUGCAGGGAACAAGGAUGUUAUUCUACUCUUGCUACAACACGGAGCUACUGCUGAAAAUGCAUAUUCCCAGCAUCGCAAAGCUCUUGGUAAAGUGUUUUCAAAGGAUCCUCUGAAAAAUCCAGUGAAGAUACUUGUUAUCGGUCACGGUGGAGAAGGAAAGAGCACUCUUAUUGAAGCAAUGGAACACGAGCCAACUGCACUCACAUCUCUAGUCAACAUCUUCGUCUCUCCUAAAGAAGUCGAUGGAGUCAGCCAGAAAACAGCCGGAAUCAUCCCUCGAUUAUUCAAGAGCCGUGUCUUUGGAGAUGUGUUGGUAUAUGACUUUGCUGGUCAAGAGGUCUACUACAGCAGUCACGCUGCCAUUAUCAAGACAGCAGUUGAUGCAUGUCGGCCCAUUAUUGUCCUAGUCCUAGGGCUCCAUAAAGAUGACACCUUCACCACUCACUCUGCCUCCUAUUGGUUGGGCAUCAUUGCCAACCAGUGUGCCAAUAUGGAGGGCAAAGCUCCACUCAUUGUGGUAGGUAGCUAUGCUGAUUGCUUAACCGAUAAACGGAAGAUUGCCAAGAAAGAAGAGAUUGUUUUGCAAGCUGUUUCGAGAUAUCCGACCCUGGAUCUGCUGAAGUUCAUUCCCAUGGAUAAUCGCUACUCCAACUCAAGUGGCAUGAAGAUAUUGCGAGCCACUGUCGGCCCUGCUUGCGCCAGCAUUCGAUCAACGUUGGCUGUUUCUUUAAAUGCACACAUGUUUCUGAUUUACCUUGUUGGCAAGGAUGAGAUUGCGUUAUCACUGGAGCAAGUUCAGCAACAAAUAAAAGAGGAAUCCAGUCAAGCCCUCUCCAAGAAGCAGAAAGAAGUUGUACCAUUCAUUCCGACAACCAUUCCUCUUCUGGUUGAUAUCUGUGUUCAGCUCAAUGACAAAGGUCACAUCCUCUUCCUAAACAACACCAGCUCACCAGAGAAGAGCUUCAUCGUCAUCAAGAAAGAAGAGCUCAUGGGUAAAGUCAAUGGCUCCAUAUUUGCUCCAGAAGAUUUUGAUCAGCACUGUCAACUCUCCACAAGCACUAGCACUGGUGUUGUACCUUGCUCCAAGCUGGCUGCUCAAUUCCCUAAAUUGGAUACUGACAUGCUCACUGGAUUUUUGAUUAAUCUCGAGUUUGCUGUGCCUAUUGAAGACCCGGAAGUCCUCCGUCUUAUCAAUCAGCAUCGAACAGACGCUGGUGAAUCUGUAUCACCUGAUGAGAAAUACCUCUUCUGUCCCGCCCUGAUCCGGUUAGAAGUUGACAUAAAAGUGUUCAAGCAUCAAAUUGAUCUCGCUUAUCAUUUUGGUUGGAUGAUGUCAUGCUCUCACAAGGACCAGUUUCUGGAUGCUCGAUUUCUCCACGUUCUCCUGCUUCGAAUAUCUCUCUCCCUUGGGCUUACUCCAAUCAUAGAUCCUGACAUCCCUUUUCUACAACGUCAAUGCUCGGUCUGGAAAACUGGUGUUUGCUGGAGCACUUCAUAUGGUGUCAAAGUGCUAAUGGAAGUCAUUGACAAGAAGAAGGUCGUUGUUUUGAUGCAAGCUCGUCAAAUCUCAAUGGAUUUCCUCAAGCUACGCUCUACUGUGAUGAAGAAAGUUGUUGACACCUCCACUGAGUUAUGCUCUACUGUAGUCACUGAGGAGGCCCUCCUUCCUCCUCACAGUGUGACCUACCCUCUGGAAGAUACACACGUCUUUGAUCUCAAGUCCAUAGCUAAAAAUGUUAUCAACCAAAAUAUGUGUGUCGUAUCUGCUAAAGGUGUUGAAAACAUGCCAUUGAGUGAUCUACUCCAAGCUGAAGUGUACGUUGAUCUCGGUGAGAAUAUUCUACAACUUCUGUUCCAUCCAGCACACAAGGAACUGUCUGAUCGAUUCAUCUCGGCCCUUGCAACUUGUUGGAACAAGAAUCCUCGACUGGUUGAUAUCGUACGUACAGCUAUUACUGAGAAUAAUGCCAGCGCUGCAUUUCAAGACUGCAAUAAUCUCGAUGAAGUUCUAAAAGUCUGGAAAAGCACCAGAGAUUCCAGUGGUGAAGCACUGAGAAAAAUUCUGGAUCCACUUAGUGUGUUUGCUGGACGAAACCCUCUCAAACUGGCUGGUGUUGUUGCUAAGGAGACUAGUGAUGAUGUACUACCAGCCCUCAGACCAACAGCAAACUGUCCAAGCACAGCCUCUCUCCUUGUGGUGGCUAGAGCAGCUCCAACCAUUGAGGACUGGUCAGUGAGUGAGGGGACUCAAGUCAGAGAAGCAGUCACUCAAAUCACACACACUAAAGGUGAAUCAGUAGUGAGUGGUCUAACACUGGCUGCUCUAAAGAGGAGGACUGGAGUCAGUGACACACAGCUGGACACUGAGGUCAUAGAACACGACAUUCAUAUCCUAGCCGGCUGCUUCGAUAAUCUAGAGAACUAUCUCGACCAGUUACGCUUGACUCCCGGCCAGCAAACUGACAUUCAUGAUCUAGCUGUCAAACGAGACAUUCAAACUGCAAUGGCGAAAGCUUUGAAGCUGUGGCGUGCCCCCAACCCUCUUGUUGCCACGUUUCGAGCUCUGUUGAUCAUCUUACUGGAUCUCAAGAGAGGAGACGUGGCUGUUAGGGUGUGUCAGUACAUUGUCGACAGAGUUCCAUAAUAUGGGCACUCAACACUAGUAUAGUCUCUGACAUACAUGUGGUCAGGUUAAUCAUAAUUAUAUGUUCACAUGCACCGUCUAGUUUUUGUACUCACAUUUUUUACUAACAUCUUAUAAUUUAUUUACAGAUUUACUAAUUCUGAUUUACUAUUCAGUCAAAUGCCCAAGGCACCGGAAGUCCAUUUAAAUGCCUAACGGUUAAUUUAAUGUGCAUUUCCAAUUACGUCAUGUUAGAGAGUAAACAAAAACGAGGGCUUGAGUUUGAGGCCAGUUUAGAAGCACGCGUUAGUCAUAUGGUAGGAAAUAGCACUACAAACUGGAAGGGCAUCAUCUCAGCUACAGGUGGAUAUCAAGUUUGUGGAUUUUAAUCAUGCUUGAGCUUGGCAACAAGCCAGUAUGUGAAUCAAGUGUCUUUUGGGUGUCUUUACUUCUGCUUCUGCAUUAUCAGUUCCCCACCAGAUCACAACUUUGCAGUUGGUUAUCUUGUACAGGUAA